CUGUCGAGAAAAUGGUGUUGGGAUUGGGAGAGAUACCAAUCCGUCCCGCGAGGGAUCCUUUAAUAAGUCAAUCCUCGGCUCUUCAAUGGAAUCCGCUCAUCAAAUGCAUGUAACCUCUCGUUUUAGUGUCCGUCUUGUCUCUCAGAGACCAUCCCCAGAACUACUUGCGACUUUCGUUGGCUGUCUUUAUAAAUGCGACCAUGUUGACCUCUUCAAUUCUGUCACCAACUAUAACUCGGAGAACGCAGCAGGAUUAUCCUCGUGACUAGCAGACGCUUCAAGCGGCUUGUAUUGUUCCAGCUUUCUCCCGCUUGAGAAAGCUGGCCGCCGAAGUUACACGACGAAAGGUCUCUGUUUCUUCCUCGGCGAGAAUAUGCGGCGCCAUUUAUUGGGAGUAAGCUAAGUCUGGAUUUGGUUUUACUAAUCACUGUGAAAACACUUAUAAAGACGACAGGUGUGCUGUGCGUGAACAAUCCUGGCAGUCCUUCCUUUGGGCAUUUCUCUUUGCGGACUCUGUGGAGAGAGCAAGAGGAAAGCAACUUGGUAUGGGUCCUCUUUGAUCCUCUCUGGUACACUUGGGGCGGCUUAUUCCUUCGUUUUGCUGCCUCGGAGCGCUACUACCAGCACACUCUAUGGCUGCUGCAACGACUGCACCACUCUCGUCCUGGCCGUGGACGUUUCUCGGGAACUACAAGUAUUGGAUCUCGGUUCCCUUUGCGGCAAGAGCUCUGUAUGCAAACUUCUACAAUGCUGCUUACAAGGACACAGAUAACUGGUGCUUGCACAUUUUUGUUCUGUGCCUGAUUCGGUACCAAACAUUUUUCUAUGCCUCCCUGUUUCAACACUUACAUGGGGUAGUCAAGAAGCACCGGGUCAGCGCCUUCAAGAUCACAUUCGAGCAACUGGAUAGAGAGUUCCACUGGGACAAUUUUAUCAUUCUCCAGGGGCUGAUUGCAUUAGCAGCGCAUUCGUGGGUACCUGGCUUCAGCAAUCUUCCCGUUUGGAACUACAAAGGAUGGCUUUACGUUGUAAUCUUCCACGCGUUGGUCACGGAGCCGUUGUACUACUGGAUCCACCGCGCUUUCCACGAUGGCCACCUGUUCAAAAAUUACCAUUCUUUGCACCACGCUUCUGUGAACCCGGAAGUCGCCACAACUGGUAACUCGACGUUCCUGGAGCACUUGGUACAGACUGGAUUGAUAGCUCUACCGCUGCUUGGAGCCGCUGUCAUGGGAGCUGCGUCAAUUUCUAUGUUCUACUUCUACAUCCUAUCCUACGACGUGCUCAAGAUGUAUGGCCAUUUCAACUGCGAAAUUUUCCCGGAGUCACUUUUCCGAGCCUUUCCGCUGCUCAAGCUGGUGGUCUACACGCCGUCGUAUCAUUCUCUUCACCACAGCAGUCUCAACUCCAACUUCUGCCUGUUCAUGCCAGUUUAUGAUUAUUUGGGGGGCACGAUGCAUCCCAAGACAGAGGCUCUCUACACGGCACUUCGUAAAGGUCGGAAAGAGGAGGUUCCUCAGUUUAUAUUUUUGGCGCACAUAAUUGACUUCAUGUCAACGAUGCACACGUCGUUUAUUUUCAGGUCUCUGGCUGCCGAGCCUUUCGGGCCGAGAUGGUUCUUGUGGCCACCUCUGAUAUUGACAGUCCCACCCAUGUUUGCAAUGUGGGCCUGGGGGAGAACGAUGGUCUACAGCGAGUACUUAGUUGGACGUGUCCAUGCUCAAGUUAGAGUUAUUCCUCGAUAUGGUUUCCAUUUUUUCUUGCCGUUUGGUAAGAAGAGUAUCAAUGGAUUCAUUGAAGAAGCAAUCCUGGAAGCCGAUAGAUCAGGUGUUAAGGUAUUGAGCCUUGCUGCGCUUAACAAGAACGAGGAACUUAAUGGAGGUGGUGUGCUCUUUUGGAAGAAAUACACCAACUUGCGAGUAAAGAUAGUCCACGGCAACACACUUACUGCUGCCGUGGUUAUCAACGAGCUCCGACCGGAUGCGAAGGAAGUGUUUUUGACAGGAUCAACGUCUAAGAUCGGUCGCGCACUAGCUCUUUACCUUUGCAGGCGAGGAGUUAGAGUUCUGAUGCUUACGAAUUCGAGGGAGCGUUACGAAGCAGUUGUGAAAGAUGCCCCUGUCGAGUUCCAAAAGAACUUGGUGCAAGUUACCAAGUAUCAAGCGGGACAAAACUGCAAGACGUGGAUCGUAGGAAAGUGGAUCUUUGCCAAGGACCAAAGCUGGGCUCCUCCUGGUACCUUUUUUCACCAAUUUGUCGUGCCACCGGUAGCAGAAAUCCGGAAAGACGUUACUUACGGGAAGCUCUCAGGAAUGUACUUGCCGAAGAACCAUGAAGGCUUGCAUUUCUGCGAGUUUACAAUGCCUCGAGGCGUGGUUCAUGCAUGCCAUGCCGGAGGACUACUCCACGCGUUGGAAGGCUGGGACCAUCACGAGAUUGGUUCCAUCGAUAUAGAAAACAUUGACAAGGUGUGGCAAGCAGCGCUCAGGCAAGGUUUUGCUCCUUACGUAUAGGAGAAAGGAAAUAAAACAAAAAGAAACAGAAAACGAUUCAUUGUGUCCGCCACCCGCCGCCGCCGCCGCUAUCAUCGCCGCCACCGCUACGAUUUGCUCGAAAAAGAGAGUGUACAUUUUAAACUUUCUUUAAAGCAAAGAACGUUAAUCAA